GUCCGUAGACGCCUUUGGUGUAAGCAACGGAAGGUGAUUCAGUUUCAGUUUUCAUUGAGGCUGCGCAUCUUCCCACAUCCUGGGAUUUCACGGAAUUAAAUUCUUAAGGGAUAAAUACCUGAGCGGGUGCCGUUCUGAUCGUUCACUUCCGGAGGCCGGAAAUUCUUGCUAUGGCUGCGUCUUCCCGGGCACCGACAGGGAAAGAGUCCAUAAUAGCGGAGAAUGGGCGUCGGAAUCAGAAGAAAGGGAACCGCGGUGUGGAUGAAUCAGAACUCUUCACUGUUCCUGAUGGAUGGAAAGAACCUCCAUUUACGAAGGAUGACAAUCCCAGAGGACUGUUAGAAGAAAGCAGUUUUGCAACUUUGUUCCCCAAAUACAGAGAAGCAUAUCUGAAGGAAUGUUGGCCUUUGGUGCAAAAAGCUUUGCACGAACAUCACAUAAAUGCAACACUGGACCUAAUUGAAGGCAGCAUGACUGUUAGCACAACUAAGAACACUUUUGAUCCUUAUGUCAUCAUCAGGGCCAGGGACUUAAUAAAGCUUUUAGCAAGAAGUGUCCCAUUUGAACAGGCAAUACGAAUUCUUCAGGAUGACACUGCAUGUGACAUUAUCAAGAUUGGUUCUUUAGUAAGAAACAAAGAGAGAUUUGUAAAAAGAAGACAACGACUUAUUGGGCCUAAAGGAUCUACCCUGAAGGCUUUGGAAUUGUUAACAAACUGUUACAUCAUGGUUCAGGGGAAUACUGUUUCAGCUCUUGGGCCAUUUAAUGGUUUAAAAGAAGUUCGGAAAGUUGUCCUGGACACUAUGAAAAAUAUUCAUCCAAUCUAUAACAUCAAAACAUUGAUGAUUAAACGAGAGCUUUCAAAGGACUCUGAGUUAAGAUCACAAAAUUGGGAAAGAUUUUUGCCACAAUUUAAACACAAAAAUUUGAAUAAACGCAAAGAACCAAAGAAAAAAACUGUGAAGAAAGAGUAUACACCAUUCCCACCUCCACAGCCAGAAAGUCAGGUUGAUAAAGAAUUAGCCAGUGGUGAAUACUUUUUGAAAGAAAGUCAGAAGAAGCAACAAAGAAUGGAACAAAUAAAGGCUAAACAAGCUGAAGCAAUCAGUAAGAGACAAACAGAAAGAAACAAGGCUUUUAUCCCACCUAAAGAAAAACCAGUUACAAAACCUCAGAAAGCUUCUGCUGAAACAAAAAUUGAUAUAUCUGUUCUCAAAGAAAAAGUGAAGAAGGCAAAGAAAAAGAAACUGGGAGCCCUUACUGCUGAGGAAAUAAAGCUGAAGAUGGAAGCUGAUGAAAAAAAGCAGAAGAAAUGAGAAGCAAAAAAGGACUUUAAUUAAAACAGAUUUGUGUGUUUUUGGUUUUUGAAAAGGAUUUUCAGGCCUUGAUCUUGUUUCUUCAUUUGAAAAGUGAUGAUGUGCAAUGGGACACGCUUCUAAUAAUUUAAAUGGAUCUCAUAUCAUAGAACAAGACUUUCUCUAAAUAUUAUCUGUUAUUAUCAUACACAAUAACAAAAUAAAUUAUGAACUAAAAAAGAGUAUAUUUUUAACUUAUAAAGAUUAAGGCAGUUCUAUUCUAGGAAAAUUCAAAUGAAAAUGAAUUUCCAUUCAGUUUUGUAUCAAGUAGAGCAAAAAGUAUCUGAAAUGUGUUAGCCAGUUUUGCCAUUCAACUUGACUUGUAAAAGUAAUUUGUUACUUAUUUUUUCCAAAAAUGUAUCUUGUACUAUGGCUUAGCUUCAGUGAAAGCAACACUGUAUUAUUCUAUUUUCUUUACCAAAAAAAUACUGUCAGUUGUGUUUUUUACAUUUUGUUGGCAUAGUUACUAUUUCUUUACUCUUGUUCAGAUAUAACCAGCGGAAAUAAGGGAAACCCUUUUGGUCUUAAGUAUUUCCCUAACUUUCUAGCUAAAAUUUGUAACCAAAAAAUUGAAAACUAAAAGAGAAAAAUUUGUUUGGAAAGGAUAAUGCUUUUAAGCACAGAAAACUGGAGAGCAAAGUUGAAUUAAGGUUGGGAUUGUAGAAGUCAUCUACUCCAAUUCUCUCAUUUAAACUUUUUUGAAUUAAGUAUUUUUCUCUUCCUACCACAGGAACCAGAUUGGGGGCAGGGAGAGAGAGUGGUAGUGGAGGUGUGGGCAGAGAGGAACCCUUCCAACAGGGCUUAAAUCUAUAAUCUAACUAUGGCAAAGUUAUGUAAUGAUUGCUACUAAUAUCUUUUCGAGAAAGUCAUAAUGGUUAUGGGGUUGACUUGAAAUCAACUUUUUGGGGGUUCGAUUCCUUCCUUUCUUGUUUUAAGAUUUAAUGAAUACUGACUGCUCAAAUGUAUGGUAUGGGGAAGGGCAACCAUAGAGUCAUUCGAUAUUAGUAGUGGUUAAUUCUACAGAAGAAACUUCUCGUUUAGAUGCAAAAACUUCUCAGAUAAUGAAGAUCAUUAAAAUAACAGCUGUAAGAGAAAUAAAUGAGCCAAUUGAAGAUAAUAUGUUUCAUGCUGUAUAAGCAUCUGGGUAGUCUGAGUACCGUCGAGGUAUUCCUGAAAGGCCUAGGAAAUGUUGAGGGAAAAAGGUUAUGUUGACCCCUACAAAUGUAAUAGAGAAUGGAUUUUUGCUCAUAGAUCAUUUAGUAUAUAGCCUGUGAAUAGUGGGAAUCAGUGAACGAAGCCUCCUAUAAUUGCAAAGACAGCUCCCAUAGAUAGUAUGUAAUGGAAGUGGGUUACAACAUAAUAUGUGUCGUGAAGGAACGCUGUCUAGGGAUGAGUUAGCAAGAACGAUCCCUGUGAGGCUUCCAAUUGUAAAAAGGAAAAUGAAGCCUAGGGCUCACAAGUAUGGCUGGAGAUCAUAUAAUGUUUCCCCACGUAGUGUAACCAGUCAGCUAAAUACUUUAACACCAGUAAGGAUAGUAAUAAUUAUUGUAGGUCAUGUGAAAUACGCUUAGACAAGUAAAACAAUGGUCUUGUCCAAAACUCUGCAUCUUAAUUUGCACAUCUGUAUCAGGAGUAACUCUCCUCAUUGGUUGAUCUUGGUUGAUCAUUGUAUUUGAGUGUUCUUUUUUUAAAAUUUUUUCAAAGGCAUUUGUCUUUACCAUCUUGUUAAUUGCAUAUAAAUUGUGUUUCUGGUUCUGCUCAUUUUAUUCUUAUUAGAUCACACUGUUUUCCCUGAACAAUUCCUUUCAAGGUUUCUUUGGAAUUGGGUAUAGUAUUUUUUUUAAUUACUUGUAAAAAUAGUUUUCCAAGUUCAUUUUUAUAAAAUUGAGUUCCAAAUUUUGUAUCUUUUCCAAAACAGCAAGCAAUCUGAUCCAUUAGUCAUAUGUUGUGAAAGGAAAAACAGCAAAGGAGAAAAGCCACAAAAAAAGGUGAAAAAAAUAGUAUGUAUGCUUUGAUGUGCUUUAAAACUCCAUGGUUCUUUAUCAGGAUGUGUUAUAGGCCAGAACUUGAAACAAGGUGCUAAGUCAGUGAAAUUAAUAGACACAGUGGCUAUUUUAGCAUGGUGCUUAACAGUUCUCUAGUUCAGGACAUGUACUUAGUACUUACUAUAGUUCUACAAGAUUCACAUCUUUGAUAAGAGACCAUAUAAGCUUGGACAGACUCAGCUAGAAUGAGAACUAGGGAAGACAGAUUGUGGUGGCAGUCCUCCAGCCUCCCUCACAGAAACCAAGACACAUUCAGAAGGGCCUCAAGAAGUCGGCAAAAACAGAGAAGACAAAGGACUGGUGACAGGAGCUUAAGCUCUCAGAACCAAGGGGAAAGAUAGGCCUCUAAGAAAGCUAACUGGGCCCCAGGAAAGGACACAAGUCUUGGAGAGAGACAGUAAAGGAUUUGUACUUUAACCCCUGACUACUCAUGUAGUGAUUACUGAACUGAAAUGAAGGCUGCCUCCAGAGACUCCAAGAAAACUUCAACAGAGAACGAUACAUUUUAGAGAGAAUAUUACAGGAUGUGGAAAGCAUUUUCCAUUUUGAGUCUUUUGAAAUUGUCUUAGGUUAUUUUAGUACUAAGUCAUAGUUUAUCAUCACAAAAUAUUGCUAUUUGUAGAAUGUUUCCUUGGUUCUGCUCAUAUACAGAAUGAGAUUAUGUAAGUCUUAUCAGAUGUUUCUGAAAGCCAUCUGCUCAUUUCUUAUAGCAUAUAGUAUUCCACUACAUUCAUUCAUCACAACUUGUUCAGCCAUUCCCUGGUUGAUGAGCAUACCCUUAAUUUCCAAUUCUUUACCCACCACAUAAAGAUCUGCAUAAAUAUUUUUGAUUGAUUCUUUUUCCUUUUUAACGAUCUCCUUGGGAUAUAUCUAGUAUUGAAUUUGCUGGAUUUUGAUUCAGCUAUAUACAGUUUGCCCGUUGAGUUCUAAAUUGUUUUCCAGAAUGGUUUGGUCAGUUCACAACUCCACCAUUAAUGCAUCUAUACCAGUUUUCUCCUAUCUUAAUCUGUUAGGUAUGAGGUGGCACCUCAGAGUUCUUUUUAGCUUGUAUUUUUGUAAUUCAUGAUUUGGAGUAUUUUUUCAUUCUAUUAUAGAUGUCUUUAAUCUGUUUAUUGGAAAACUAUCCUUUGACCAUUUAUCAAUUGGGGAGUGACUUGUAUUCUUAUAAGUUUGAUUCAGGUCUUUAUAUAUUUUAGAAAUGAGACCUUUAUCAUAAACACUAGUUAUAAAAAUUGUUUCCAGCUUAAUGCUGUCCUUCCACUCUGAUUUGCAUUAAUUUUGUUAGUGCAAAACCUUUUUAAUGAAAUCAAAAUCAUUUUGCAUUUCAUAACAUUUUCUGUCUCCUGUUUGGUCAUGAAUUCUUCCUUUCUCCAUAGGUCUGACAGGUAAACUAUUUACUUAAUUUGCUUUAUGUUGUCUUUUAUGUCUGUUAUGUAUACAUUUUGAUCUUGGUAUGUGGUGUGAGAUGUUGGUCCAUGCCUCGUUUCUACCAUAUUACUUUGCAGUUUUUCUACCAGUUUUUGUUGUUAGUUCUCCCAUAAGCUAGAAUCUCUUGAGUUUGUCAAAUAGUAGGUUACCAAAAUCAUUGACUAGUGAUCCACCACUGUUUUUUAGCCAGUACCAAAUAAUUUUGAUGAUUGUUACUUUAUAAUAUAGUUUUAUAUCUGAUAUGGCCAGGCCAUCUUCCUUUGCAUUUCCUCCCCAUUAAUUCCCUUCAUAUUCUUCACCUUUUGUUUUUUCAGAUCAAUUUCUUUAUUAUUUUUUUCCUAGAUCAAGAAAAUAUUUUUUGGUAGUUUGAUAUGAUAUUAAAUUGAUAAAUUUUGGCAGGGUUGUAUUAGCUCUGCCUACCCACAAGCAAUUCCUUAGAUCUCACUAUUUGUGUGAAGUGUUUUAUAACUGUGUUCAGAUAGUUCUUGGUUUUGUCUUGGCAGAUAGACUCCCCAGCAUUUUAUAUUGUCUCUUAAUUAUUUUGAGUGGAAUUUUCUUUCUGUCUCAUGCUGCUGGGCUUUGUUAGUAAUAUAGAGAAAUGCUGAUGAUCUAUAUGACUUUGCUAAAGUUGCUAAUUAUUUCAAGUAGUUUUUGGUUGAUUUUCUAGAAUACUCUAAAACAUACUAUAUUUUGUCAAGCUUUUUCUGGAUCUUUUGAGAUAAUCAUAUGAUUUCCAUUAGUUUUAUUAUAGUUAUGUCAAUUAUGCAGGUAGGUUUUUUUUUUUUUUGAUAGUCAGUCUGGCAUUCCUGGUAUAGAUCCUACUUGAUCUUAGUGAUAGAUUGCUAUAAUCUCUUUGCUGUCAGUGUUAAACGUUUCAGUUUUCAUAAGGGAAAUUGUUUUAUAACCUUUUUUUGGUCUAUUUUGGCUCUUCUUGGUUUAACUAUCAGUACCAUAUUUUGUCAUUAAAGGAAUUUGGUAGGACUCCUAUUUUUCUAGAUAGUUUACAUAGUAUUGGAUUGAAUCAUUCUUUAAAUGUGUCAUAGAAUUCACUUGUAAAUCCAUCUGGCCCUGGAGAUUUUCAUUGAUAGCUUACUUUUCCAAAUUUCUUUUUCCAAAAUGGGAUUAUUUAAACAUUAUUUCCUCUUUUGUUUAUAUUUUGUAUAUUUUUAUUUUUAAAAAUAUUCACCCAUUUCACUUAGCUUGUCAGAACUAUUGUCAUACAGUUGGACAAAAUAGUUCUUGAUUAUUGUUUUAAUUUGCCCUACAUUAAUGAGGAAUUUGCCCUUUUUAUUUUUUCUUAAAUCAAAUUGAUCAAAAGUGCAUAUGUUUUCUUCAUAAAACCAACUUUUAGUUCUAUUAAUUCAUAGUUUUCUUUCAAUUUUAUUAAUCUCUCUUUUGAUUUUUAGAAUUUCUAAUUUGUUGUUUAGUUGAGGAUUUUUAUUUUGUUCUUUUUCUAACUUUUUUUAGUUACAUGCUCAAUCCAGUGAUUUUUCUCUUUAUUUGUGUAAGCAUUUAGAAAAGUAAAAUUUCUCUAAAAGUGUUACUUUGACUGUAUCCCAUAAAAUUUUGGUGUAUUGUA